AUGAGCUGUUUGGAUGUUAUGUACCAAGUCUAUGGUCCUCCCCAGCCCUACUUCGCAGCAGCCUACAGCCCCUAUCACCAGAAACUGGCCUUUUACUCCAAAAUGCAGGAAGCCCCGGAGAGCGGCAGCAGUGCCGGCAGCUCCUUCUCCAGCCACCCCGCGGCCAGCAUCAAGGAGGAGGACUGCAGCCCCGAGAAGGAGCGACCCCCCGAGGCCGAGUACAUCAGCUCCCGCUGUGUCCUCUUCACCUACUUCCAGGGGGACAUCAGCGCCGUGGUGGAUGAGCACUUCAGCCGGGCGCUCAGCCAGCCCAGCAGCUUCUCCCUGGGCAGCGCGAAGGCAGCGCGGAGCGCGGGCUCCUGGCGGGAUGGUUCCUUCCCAAUGAGCCAGCGCAUCUUCCCACCAUCCUUCUGGAACAGCACGUACCAGCCCUCCUCGGUCCCAGCCAGCCUGAGCAGCCCCCUGGCAGCUGCCGCCCACAGCGACCUUCCCUUCGCUGCUGCCACCGACCCCUACGCGCCCAGCUCUCUGCACGGCCACCUGCACCAGGGUGGCCCUGAGCCCUGGCACCACGCUCACCACCACCACCACCACCACCACCACCACCCCUACAUUGGGACACAGAGCACUGCCUACCCCCGCCCCACCGCCAUGCACGAGGUUUAUGGGCCCCACUUUGACCCCCGCUACAGCUCACUGCUGGUGCCCACCGCCUCUGUGCGCCCCCACCGCCUCACCCCUGCCUCCGUAUCCACACCGGUCAGCCCCCCUUGUGAACUGGGCAAGAGCGAAGCGGGUGCUGCUGCAGCCUGGACGACACCUGGCCCCUUCCCCAAUGCAACAGGAGACAUGGCACAGAGCAUUGGCCUCAAUGUGGACACAGCUCGCCGUUACUCCUUCUGUGGUGGAUCCCUUCUGAGCUGA